CCUUCGUAUGUUAAAUGACCACGACAAAAGUGAAGUAAGAUGUUGUUAGACCUGCGAGUGCUUUGCUUCAUGUGUGUGUUCAUCUGACAUCUUUCUGCGAGAGGAAGAAGAAGAAAAAGCGUCAUGGACUUUAUUUUAGGAAAAGUUUCUCCGCGAUGUUGCGCUUUUUGACUCCGCUGCUCCUCGGGUUGUUUUCCCAGUCAGUCAGCCUGACAACUGCUGUCGUCAGUAUGAAGCAUCCACUGGCUGUGGUCCAUCAUGGAGGUUCAUCUCACUGGGCUCGACAGGGCCGUUCUUUCCGUCCCACACAUGCAAGUGAACCACUGAUGGUCCCGGCUCGAGCCCCCAGUGUGCAUCUGUCCCAGGAGGAGAUCCAGAGACUGCGUUUCAAGCCCACUGUGGGCACCAUCCAGCGCUCAGAGGGGGCAGAGGUGCACUUCAACUGCUCCAUCGACAUCAAUGACGUCAGCCAGGACCUCAAUAUACUGUGGUUCAGAAAUGGCAAGGAAAUCCAUGACAGCAUGCAGACCGCGAUCUCCACUCAAGGCACGGUCAGCUUAAAGUCUACUAUAAGCAUUAAAAGUGUGCAGAGAGCAGAUGCUGGAGAGUAUCACUGCAGACUCAGUGUCAGUAACAAGUUCAUCGAGUCAAACUCCAUCAAUCUGGUAGUAGAAGGUAUUGAUGCACCCACUCAGUACAGCUGUGAAGCUCACAAUGAGAAAGGCCUGACUGCGUCCAGAGAAGCUCACAUCAAUAUUAAAGAGCUUCCAGAAAAAGUGUCAAAGGUCACAGUGGUGAAGCGAGAGGCGAAUAAACUCUUGUUAAGCUGGACUCCAGGACACGAUGGCUUCUCUCCUCUCAGCAUCUGCUACAUCACGGUGCGAGAGCUCCUGGGUGCGGGCAGCCCUACAGCGGCUCACAGCACCGCAGUGCCUCCGUUCCAGUAUGAGAUCAACAACCUGAAGGCCAUGACCUGGUACAACAUGAGUGUGUCCUGCAGCAAUGAGAUCGGCCCAUCGCCACCCAGCGCAUGGGUGCAGAGCAACACCACUGAGGGCGUUCCAUCAGAGGCCCCGCAAAACUUGACUGUUCAUAUAAACAAUUCCAUGCUGUUGAUCCGAUGGGAAGCUCCGCCUCCUGACAAGCUGAAUGGAAUUUUGCAAGGAUAUGAUGUCACUAUUAAGCACGGGACACAUACAAACACGAUUCGCAGCAUGAGCACAGAGGCUGCAGUGGCUCUGCAGGAGUUUAACAGCACAUACAGUGUGGAGGUGGUGGCCUGCACACACAGCGGCUGUGGCACUAAACGAUCACGACACUGGCUCGUUGUGCCCAGCAUUGACUCUCCUGAUUCUCCAUCCUCAACUCCGCUUCCCAAUCGUCCUGAUUCUGCCUUCAUUGUGCUCGGGGUGGUUUGCGGUUUCCUUCUGGUGAUCGUAUUGUGUUGGGUGGUGUGGCUGCACAACAACUCUCAUUUACCGUGUUGGUUCGGUGCAGAUGAUAAACUCACCCCGAUCGUGGAGUACAAACCUCAGAGAUCCUACAACCGCUCAGCCAUCGAAACCACACUUGCUAGUCUGGGCAUCAGCAGUGAACUUCAGGCCAAACUGCAGGACGUAAUGAUCGUGAGGAACCUGCUGUCCAUCGGUAAAGUCCUGGGAGAAGGUGAGUUUGGAUCUGUGAUGGAAGGACAUCUCAGACAGCCUGACGGAUCCACUGAAAAGGUUGCAGUGAAGACCAUGAAAUUGGAUAACUUCUCCCAGAGAGAGAUUGAAGAGUUUCUAAACGAAGCUGCUUGCAUGAAGGACUUUCACCAUCCGAACGUCAUCAGACUCUUGGGUGUUUGUUUGGAGGUCGGAUCUGGACACUUUCCGAAACCAAUGGUUGUGCUUCCCUUCAUGAAAUACGGAGAUCUGCACAGUUACCUGCUUCGUUCACGUCAUGGGGAAGAUACUGUGUAUCUCCCCAUGCAGAUGCUGCUGAAGUUCAUGAUAGACAUCGCUCUGGGAAUGGAGUAUCUCAGCAGCAGAAACUUCCUCCACCGAGACCUGGCCGCACGGAACUGCAUGUUGCGUGAUGACAUGAGUGUGUGUGUUGCUGAUUUCGGAUUAUCAAAGAAAAUCUACAGCGGUGAUUAUUACAGACAGGGCCGGAUAGCCAAGAUGCCUGUUAAAUGGAUUGCAGUGGAAAGCCUCGCUGACAGAGUUUUUACUGUCAAAAGUGACGUGUGGGCAUUUGGAGUGACCAUGUGGGAAAUCGCCACUCGAGGAAUGACCCCGUACCCUGGCGUACAAAACCAUGAGAUUUACGAUUAUCUCCUUGAGGGGAACAGACUGAAACAACCAACCGACUGUCUGGAUGAACUCUAUGACAUUAUGUUCAGCUGCUGGAGCAAUGAACCGGUGGACCGACCCGACUUCACACAGGUCAGGAAGAGGCUGGAGACGCUGUCGGCAAAACUACCUCAGGUGUCCAACAAAAGAGACAUCAUCUACAUCAACACUAGCUUUCCUGAGGAGGAGGAGGAGGAGGAUGAAGAGUUACCUGACAGGGUGACCGAGGACCCUGUGCUCACAUCCUCACCCUCCUGCAGUCGCCAGACCUCAGACACGGCAGUCGUUACAGCGGAUAUUCAUGAAUGCACAGAUGCAGAAGACGACCGAUAUGUUGUUGUCAUAUCCUCUGGUGAAAAUGCAACCAGAUCUGCUGUUGACACACCACUGUUGAAUCAUGAACACUUAGAAGAGGAGUGCUGUGAAACGGCGACAGCGACACAGCAAACGUCUAGUGACAAAACAUGCUUGUUGUGAUCGGAGUUUGAAAUGCAACUUUUUUUCUAUUCUGGGCCACUAGAAAGAACAAACUGAAGGAAUAAUGACUGUGUUCAAAAAGGUUUCUCCACCUUUAUGUUUUAUAGCUGUGGUGAUGAUUCCAAUUGAAGAAUCACUUGAUUCUGAAAUGUUCAGAAUUCAUCACAGUUCUAUUUUGGAAGUGAUUCUGAGCUUUGACUGGCUCUCUAGGCACGCUUUAACACUGCACUGAAGAAAAAAUGAUUCAUUGGAUUUUUAAUUGAAUAAUUGAAAUGAUUUAUUAAAUUACCAUCCGCUUGUUAAGUUGUGACAUAUGAAAUACUGUUUCCUGGUCCAAGCCGCAACUCAUUUGAAUUGAGAUAAUACUUAUGACCGCUUUUUAGCUUAAUCACACAUUAAAUUAAAUUAAAUUAAAUUAAAUUAAAUUAAAUUAAAUUAAAUUAAAUUAAAUUAAAUUAAAUUAAAUUAAAUUAAAUUAAAUUAAAUUGAGUUUAAUAUAAAAACAUGGUGUAUACAACAGUCUCUGGACUUGCUGCAUCACAGACACCAAUAUUUUAAAAUCUGUCACUUUCUGGCCAUCUGAUAUUUGACAUGGAUAUAC